GCCAGAGGGAGGAGAGGAGCGGAGCCAGCCCUGAGCCUGGGAGCGCAGCGGCCACGGAGGAGGCGGCGGCAGGCGGGAGCGGCAGCGGCAGCACAGGCUCGAGGCCAGCCCAGCGCGCAUCCCCGGCACCCUGCGCUGCGGAGAGCUCGGAGGAGCGCGGGAGCCGCGACACGGGAGUGGACAAAGCAAGAUGGCAGGGAUCUUAGCUUGGUUCUGGAACGAGAGGUUUUGGCUUCCUCACAAUGUCACCUGGGCAGACCUGAAGAACACGGAUGAAGCCACCUUCCCUCAGGCGGAGGACCUUUACCUCGCCUUCCCCCUGGCCUUCUGCAUCUUCAUGGUGCGGCUCAUCUUCGAGAGAUUCAUAGCCAAACCAUGUGCCAUAGCCCUCAACAUCCAGGCCAAUGGACCACAAAUUGCCCAGCCAAACGCCAUUCUGGAAAAGGUCUUCAAUGCUAUAACAAAGCAUCCUGACGAGAAGCGAUUGGAAGGGCUCUCCAAGCAGCUGGACUGGGAUGUUCGGAGCAUUCAACGCUGGUUUCGACAAAGACGCAACCAGGAAAAACCAAGCACCCUGACCAGGUUCUGCGAGAGCAUGUGGAAAUUUUCCUUUUCCCUGUAUGUAUUUAGCUACGGAGUCCGGUUCUUGAAACAGACCCCUUGGCUGUGGAAUACAAGACACUGCUGGUAUAACUACCCCUACCAGCCCCUCACUGCUGACCUUCACUACUAUUAUAUCCUGGAGCUGUCGUUUUAUUGGUCCUUAAUGGUUUCCCAGUUCACAGACAUCAAAAGGAAGGACUUCGGCAUUAUGUUCCUGCACCACCUUGCAACUAUUUUCUUGAUAACCUUUUCAUACGUCAACAACAUGGCCCGAGUCGGGACCCUGGUUCUCUGUCUUCACGACUCGGCCGAUGUUCUGCUAGAGGCUGCCAAAAUGGCAAAUUAUACCAAAUUUCAGAAAAUGUGUGAUCUUCUGUUUGUCAUGUUUGCCAUGGUUUUUGUCACCACACGGCUGGGCCUAUUUCCUCUCUGGGUGUUAAACACCACGUUGUUCGAAAGUUGGGAGAUCGUCGGACCCUUCCCUUCCUGGUGGGUUUUUAACCUGCUGCUGUUGCUACUACAAGGGCUGAACUGCUUCUGGUCUUACUUGGUUGUAAAAAUAGCCUGCAAAGCUGUUUCAAAAGGCAAGGCUGGGAAGUGGAACCCUUUACAUGUAUCCAAGGAUGACCGGAGUGAUAUUGAAUCUAGCUCGGAUGAUGAGGACUCAGAACCUCCAGGGAAGAAACCGCACACUUCAACUACCACCAACGGAACCAGUGGUACCAACGGGUAUCUCCUGACUGGUCCAUGCUCCAUGGAUGAUUAACUACCCAAAACUAUAAAUCCUCAACGAAGUGAACUGUUUGUUCCUGGAAGUAUUUAAUAAGUUGCAAAUGCAGUUCCUUUCCUGAUAUCUCAUCACCAGAGACAAAAAAAAAAAAAAAUUAGGAUUCUCAAAGCAUUCUGAAUAGUGUACUGCCAUGUGUCCUGUCUGUGAAUGAAGAAGAAAUCCCAUCCUAUGUAGGCAUGCUGUAUGUAACUGACACAAGGGAACAAUAUUUGCAUUUGUCUUAGAAUAUUAUUUAAUUUUUAAUUUGUUUGUAAAUCUGUGGACAGUCGAGGAUCCCCUCUCUCCUUUUCCUCUGGGCUCGUGACUGACCAUGAAGGAGAUGCUCCGUCUGUUCUACCCGCUUCUCAUGUUGUAGUCCAGUGUGCCGUGAGCAUUGGCAUCAGCUUACUUCAUCACUUAGAGCAAGUAAAACCCCGCGCAAGACCCCCCACACAGCUCCCAAUAGGUUAGCUUUCUUUCUGUUCUGUACCCAUUUUGUGACCGCCCAUAUAUAGUCAGUCGGUGACUGUUGUCCCAUGGGAGUCUAAACAGGAUGGUGUUUUAGUUUUUACUCUUUGUGGUCAAAUAGCAGUUCAAAUGAAAAAGGCUAGCUCUUAGGGAACUUUGGAACUUUAUAUGAAAUUGCUUUGGAAUAGUUUGUCUCUUGCAUACAAAUAUGAGAUUUCUUUGGUAUGGUCGGGAGUUGAUCUUGUUGGUAACAAAGUUAUUUUGCCCUCCAGUGAGGCCAGUGUUCUGAUUCUGAAACAAUGUCACUUGCUUAAACUCACAGACACAAAAGGGACCCACAUACUGGGGACUUGCUCUGUGUUCUGGGAAUCACAUAAAGAUAGCAACUGACUUCAACCAGAUCUUUUUUCCAGAUUUCCUACUGUAUUAGCCCAGUCUUCUGUCUUGCCGUGUAAAAAAAAGAAGCCAAGAAUGUUUCGAGGCAGAAAAAAAGAAUGAGUCUUUUAAGAGCUGGCAGAGCUACCUUACGUGCAAAGCGCUAUACUGCCGCCAGCUCUCAAGAGAAAGCCCUCCCUAGUGUUAGACUUGUGGGAGAAAGACCGUUUACCCUUCGCCUUUCUCCUUAACUGCAUCCCACAAUGACUUUCUUGUUGCUAAAAGUAUCAGGCUUGCACUGCAAGGCUGGUUUAUUUACCUCUCUGAAGACUCAUGGGGGCUCCUGAGAAUUUUUACUCAGUGGGGCUAUUUCCAAAAAAACGGCAAAAAUUCUCCUGGACGAUGGCAGUGACAGCCAUGAGGAAAGUUACCAAAGAGUAGUUCAUGAGCGCCCCCCCCACCAGGCCACUAUCAUUGGCAUAUGGCUUCGAAAACCACACGUAUGAGCCAAGGAUUUUAUCUCAUCUCGUCUUUAGUAAAAGGAAUUGAACGGUUAUACAAAUACUCCUAAGUCAAGCAUCACCUAAAACAGGAAUCAAAAAAACGCAGGCACUGAGUAGCCAAAAGCAAAAUGCCACAGGGCAUGUCAUUGUCCUGCCCACAGCCAUCCAUAGUUCAUUUGAUUUUUCUUUAAUUAAAUCUUUAUACCCUUACUCUGAAACCUGUGACUAGGUAAGCGAAAAUUCCCGAAGAACUCUCACUGCAAUGUUAGCUCUUUCCCCACCCAAUUACACAACAGUAUUUUCUGUUAUGGUCCGGAUCAUCAUUUUGAACGCUUGGAAGCGUGUCUACUUGUUGCUGUAGAAGAUAGCGCCACCGACUGUGACUUGAGCUUGGCUGAUUUAUUUGUCUAACAGUGAAACUUGGAAGUGUUUGAGUUUAUGAGACCAGUGAUAAGACACCAAAGGUAUUGUUAGUAUUCAGAGCAUUUGCUCAAAUGCAAAUAGGUAAAAACAAUAGCAGUGUUGAAGGGUGAACCUUUCUCGUCAUCUUAGCUAGGGAGCAUGCCCAUCUUGCUUCAAUAUCUGGGCACAUCCUCCCAGGGGUGAGAUGAACUUGAGGGCCACAGUGUAUUUGAAUUUGAACCAGGUGACCCUUUUUUGCACAGAAGAAUUUUAAGAUCAGUUUGUAAAUUCAGGAGAGGUAUGUAAAAUGAAGUAAGUUGAUUCUGCCUGUGUCAAAGGCAGUUCUAAACCUGCUAGACUAGGGACGUGUUUUCUGAUCCCAUUAGCUUGACUCAUUCUUCUGCGUGUCUACAAAUUUUUGUUUCAUUUUACAUUCUAGAGAAAAUAAUUCUGUUCGGUGAAUUGAAAUGGAGUUUGUAGGCUUUUCCUGGAAUAGAACAUUAUCGUCUCUGCUUCCUGUUCUCCCAUAGUGACCAGAUAAGACUGAGAACGGGCACUGUGGGAGGAAUCUGGUGCCAGGCCACCGCUUUCAGAAGUGUGAUUUGUAAAUCCAGCUAUAGGUUAGUUCCGAGUAGUGUUCAUCUUAAUUAGCUUAGCCUGUGGUGAUGUUCCCUUCCUCCUGGUCGCAUUCAGAUUUUCCCAGGGUACCAAGUUGUGUAGGAAGGACUCUAGGAAACGUGACUUUUGAUCUCUCUCCAGUGUUAUAGCUUACCUAGAUUUAGUGGGGGGAACGUGGGAAAUCAAGUAGAAUUUGGCCUUGAGUCAAUAAAUGCUGUGUGGUUUAUGUGUGUAUAUGUAUGCUUCUCCAAAAACCAGUAAAAUCAAAUUAUUACUGAUUCAUCUUCACCCAUAUUCUUUCCAUUUAAAAAAUCCGUUCACAUGUACUCUAGAAGCUUCCCUUCUCCUUUGGUUUGCUUCCCACCUGCUGAGAGUAGCCAUACCUUUUCAGCCUCUUAUCCACCAAGCUCCUUGAGACAGAACCCAGGCCCUAGAGCACUUGCUCUCACACAGACGCCAAGCCCAGUUCUCUGUCUCCACCCAGUCCCGUGGACGUUGAGAGGAGAGGAGCAGCCACAAGUGUCAGUAUUGUGGGUCGGUAAAAAACGCGGAUCAUUGCCAUUUAACCUCAGGGCUCUAAAGCUGCUGACUACCAGGCAGAGGGUGUCCCAUAUCCCCCUCCGAUUGUGCCGCUGGUAUCUAACAGAGAUGAACAAGGUAGACGAGGCACGGAGCAAGCAAAGCUAGGUCAGAUCUUCAGUCCGUAUGAUGGGUGAGUCUCACAAUGUCAACUCUUCAUCUGAGCACAGUCAUGCACUCAGCCACAGCACUGCGCUCAUGGAUGGGCAGCAUGUGCUACCGUGGUCCCAAAAGAUGAUGCCAGCCUAGGGACUGAGAGGCCAUACUGUCUGCUUGUGUGUGAGUACACUCAGCGACGUUCAUAGAAUGACAAAAAUCAGUUAAGGAUACAUUUCUCAGAACGUGUUAAGGGACAUGUAUACUUGGUAGAGUGUGAGUUUGAGCAAACUGAAUACCUUCCUUCAUCUUAGAAAGGUCUGAGUCUUCCAUCUUUCAUUUAAAUCUCAUUGCUAUUUGGGCUAAGUAAGAACGAGACUUUGCUGUAAAAUGUUAAAAAUGACUUCACUGUAGUUUAUCUGCGUCUUUGCUGACAAGUUCUCCUGAGAGAACGGAUGGCACCCUUGAUGGUCCCCAACCCAAUCAUCUUGUAUUAGUAAUCAUUUGGGUGGAAAUUAAUGCCAGAGUUGCCCCGACAGUUGAGUAUUUUUCUUACUUUGAAGUGUAAAAAACAUACAGAAUUACUCCAAAGGUGUCUAUAGGUCCACUGAUCAGUAUGGGAGACGAUGUCAUAUCCAGAGGCUUCAACACCUUUGGGAAUAAAAGGCUAAAUGUUCACAUUUUAUGCGGCACCUAUGGCCUUCUGGCUCUCACUCGCUUACUUUCUUGUCUCUGACUUGUUCCUGCUUAGUAAAUAAAAAAAACCAUGGCCUUGAAAUGUUUCUAUAACAUCCAGAUGAGAAAAAGAUGAAGUGAGGUAAAAUUCAGCCUGAGGACAGUGGUGGCGUGGCUCUUCCGGGUUCUUGCGGAAACGAGGAGAGCUCUAACUAUCCCACUCGGCCUCAGCUGUGUUAUCCCUGCCAGGAAUGACCGCAGACUUCUUAGAAAGUGACACGACACUUUUUCUCACUUGUCUUCUUCCCAAUAUCAGCCUCCCUGGCUGAGCUGAAAUUGUGCCCUUUUCCAAAUGCCAUAGGCUAAUUAGCAAUAUUCUACUAAUCACAUUUUAGCUCUACAAACUCAGGGGCCAAAGGAGAGCCCCGUGGUUUGCCUGUGCGAACAUAACACCAACCCGCCCCAAGGGGGCGCCAAGCAGAUGUGAGGGAGCCCUGACCACAGCUGUUGAAACCCCUGUAACCAGUACUCAGUACAGUUUUCAUGAAGAAAACUGUAAUGAAGAACAUAAAUCAUCAUAAGUAAUGAAAUCUGUAGGCACCCCCAAGGAGGACCUUGGCCUCUUGCAUGGUCUUGUGACUUGAAUUUACUCAGAGCCUUUGAAAAGAAUGCAUUGGCGGAUGGGUGCAUUGAGGCCUCACCAAGUCUAAGAAGUGAAAAAGGCCUCUGCCACAGGAUGGCAUAUGGCAUCUGUACGAAACUGGGUAUUUCCAGGAUUGCCAGGAAGUGAUGCGAGGGGUCCAUUAGCCUAGAACUGGUCCCACUUUAUCUCAUUCACUUAAUCAUCCUUUAGCCUUCUGCAGCUCUGGUAAGAGAAAGCCAAAUGCGAACAUGUUCCUGCUUCAGUUUACCUGUGACCAUUAGAUCAGUUGUUCCCACACCUGCUCCUGUGUCCGGGCCCAUUUUCCUGGGAGGAAAAAAAUUAAAAGGUGUGCCCCUGUUUCCUUAGCACAGGUACACGAAUGCUUGCCUUCCUGUACCGUGAGCUGCCUGGGAACCGAGGUACCGUCAGUCAUUAUAGUUUCUGUGUUCAGUGAAAAAGUUGAUUUCGUUCAUAUUUCCUACCCUUUUUACCUACAGUGAAUGUCAUAAACUCUCUGUAAAACUCCUUAAUGUGAAGAAUAUUUUUUUUCAUGUUAGCUUCAAAGAUCUGGAAUGGUUCUGUGAUGAUUCUGGAACUUCUGCUCGACAGUUAAUUAACAUAAAUGUGGAAAAGACACGCCAGUUUGAUUUCCCUAAGCCCCGGUCUCCAUCAUCCUUUGCCUGCAUCAUGUACAUUUCCCUUCAUGGCUGUUUGCUGUCAUAGAAAAGGAUGGUGGUUCAUUUGGGAAUGUGUUUCUCUUUUCCGACUUUCAGUGAGGACCAGGGUAGGUGCCGGAAGCUCUUUGUUUUCUAAAGACAGUUCAGUACUUGAGCUUCUGUCAGAAGUGAAAUAGUGUACCAUUAGCCGGUUAGAAUUAUUCCGUGUACUGUUACCGUGUUUUGCUGAUUUUUAUAUGGAAAUAUAAUUAUUCAUUCUUGAUCUUUGGAAGUAAUCGUUAUUAUGAGGAUCAUUUUACCUUGGAAACACUUUCAUAAUAAAGAUAAGUAUUAAGAGUCCA